CUUGCAUAUCACCGUCCGUAGAGCGAUAAAACGAUCGGAGAAAAACUACCUCGCACAAGUAAUCAUCUAAAAACGAAGCGAUGGCUUCGGAACUAGACCAGUGGAUAGAGAUCGCGAAGCAGUGCAAAUAUCUGCCGGAAAAUGAUCUCAAAAAGCUGUGCGAUAUCGUUUGUGAGCUGCUGAUGGAGGAAUCGAACGUACAGCCCGUCUGUACACCCGUCACCGUUUGCGGCGAUAUUCAUGGACAGUUUUACGAUCUAGAGGAGUUGUUCCGCACCGGUGGCGAUGUGCCGGACACGAACUACAUCUUUAUGGGAGAUUUUGUUGAUCGAGGAUAUUACAGCCUGGAAACGUUUACACGUUUGCUUACGUUGAAGGCACGGUACCCGAACAAAAUAACGCUUCUCCGAGGGAACCACGAAUCACGCCAAAUCACCAAAGUGUACGGAUUUUACGAUGAAUGCUACACGAAGUACGGUAACGCCAGUCCUUGGAAGUAUUGCUGUCGGGUGUUUGAUCUGCUUACGAUUGCCGCAAUAAUUGAUAAUUCGGUGCUAUGUGUGCAUGGUGGCCUAAGCCCAGAGAUCAAAACGCUCGACCAGAUACGAACGAUUAACCGUGAUCAGGAGAUCCCGCACAAGGGCGCGUUCUGCGAUCUGGUUUGGUCCGAUCCGGACGACAUCGACACCUGGGCGGAAAGUCCACGCGGUGCGGGCUGGUUAUUUGGGUCGCUCGUGACGAACGAUUUCAUGAGCAUCAACAGACUGGAUCAAAUCUGCCGUGCGCAUCAGCUGGUGCACGAGGGCGUCAACUAUCAGUUCGAUCAGAAACUGGUGACGGUUUGGUCGGCUCCAAACUACUGCUACCGGUGCGGUAAUGUGGCUGCAAUACUAGAAUUUGAAACACAAUGUGAACCGUUUGUGAAAAUAUUCAAAGCCGUCCCAAACGACAAGCGCGUCAUACCUAGCCAGCGCAUUACGCCUUACUUCUUGUAA